UUUGCUCUAACUGAGGGGCAUACUAGAAACUUGUUUCCUCCUGCUCUCUCAGGUAUUGGAACUGUCCCUGUGGGCCGUGUUGAGACCGGUUGCCUGAAGCCCGGUAUGGUCGUCACCUUUUCUCCUGCCUGUAUUUCCACUGAGGUGAAGUCUGUGGAGAUGCACCACGAGUCUCUGCCUGAGGCGUCCCCUGGUGACAACGUCGGCUUCAACGUCAAGAACGUGUCUGUCAAGGAGAUCCGUCGUGGAAACGUGGCUGGAGACAGCAAGAGCGACCCACCUAAAGCAGCUGAAAACUUCACCGCUCAGGUGAGUCUGACCAAAAUCCGUAAAGAGGACACACAGAUUAAAAAGGCAUACCUGAAGAUGAUGAACUGGGCUCGUUUUUUUUAA